CAGGGCAGGUUCGUGCUGCUCUGGUAUCCGCAUUCAGGAAGUCGCCUUUGGGAAAAACUGUUUUCUUCCUGACGGCAGAGUGUCAACUCCCUGUUGACGAAGUCUGCUGGGUUAAUUGUUAGCUAAUAGUAUAUAACCCAAUAUAUAGUGAUUUUGAUUCUAUCAGAAAAGGGAACGAUGGAGGUCGACUCAGUCUUCUACACUGAUCGUAGUGGACGAGUCACCAGUAAUCCACUGCUGGACCAGCUCCCCAGCUACCAGUCCCUGCUGUACCGCAGGAAGUCUUCGACGGUUGGCACCAAGCGAAGAGGCAGCUCUAGGACGAGACUUGGCUCCUCCGGCAGUGGAAAAUGGGGCGUGAGCACCGUCAGCAGACAAGAGGAGAAACAGAAGAGUCAGAUGGAGCAGAGACCCAUCAGGGAACUACCAAAGCCCAUGGCAGAGAAACGCAGAGACAAUACACAGCGCUUGAAGGAGGCUCAAGACCUCAGCAGUUGGAGCCAGUUGAGGCAAAGCACACGCAGGUAUCUGAGGAGGCUGAGGGAUGAUGGCCAAGAAUGGCUGAGCUCCCUGAAGCUCUGGAGGGGAGACAUUCAUCUGAUAGAGGGGAUGUUUGGCACGGGGAUCCUGUCUUACUUCUCCUUCCUGCGCUUCCUGGUCAUGCUCAACUUGAUCAUCUUUCUGCUCAUGUUCAGCUUCGUUAUGCUACCUAUCAUCGUUGCCCACCAUGCCUCAGGGAAUAUCACCUACAGCCAGAAUGAUGGAAGUGUGUGCAGUGAGUAUCCAAGCAGCGCUCGUCGUGGUCUAGUCAUCUUUCAUGAGCACAUUACGGAUCUGCUGUCUGGUGGAGGCUUUCUGGAACAGACCUAUCUUUUCUACGGCUACUACAAGGUGGAUAAAAUACACUUCCCGAAGAUCACUUACAAUUUGCCGCUGGCCUACGUGCUGGUCACCAUAGCUUACCUGUUCCUCAGUCUCAUCUGGAUUGUAAAAAGGUCUGCCACAGGAUUCAAACGUAAUCUGGUUCAGGAUGAAGAUCGCUUUCAGAGCUUUUGCAACAAGAUUUUUGCAGGGUGGGACUUCUGUAUCACCAACGAGAACACGUCGAAGCUGAAGAGAAGCAGUUUACUCUAUGAACUCAGGACAGAUUUGGAGGAGGAGAGGAUCAAACAGAAAAUAGCAGAUCGCACCCGUAGAGAGAAGUGUCGGAUUUACCUCAUCCGCCUUGUCCUCAACCUUUUUGUUAUUGGCGUUCUGGCUGGUUGCUUCUACAGCAUUUAUGUGGCUACCAUCUUCUCCCAGAAAGCGCAGAUGAAUGAUAUAAAGGAGAAUUUCAUCGUGGAUCUCAUCAUUGAGUAUCUGCCCUCGAUUGUUAUCACCAUGGCCAACUUCAUCACGCCCCUCCUCUUCUCUGUCAUCAUCAAUUUUGAGGACUACUCACCAGCCUUCGAGAUUCGCUUCACUCUCAUGAGAUGUGUCUUCAUGCGGUUGACCAGUAUUGGCGUCCUGCUCUUCUCGCUCUGGUCUCAGAUCACUAAAUGUAAAGAGGAGCCCUGCAUCUGUGGCUACAACCAUGUGCUUUACUCUUGUUGGGAGACCCGUGUGGGCCAGGAGAUGUACAAACUCACCAUCUUUGACUUCAUCAUCAUUGUUGCAGUUACCAUCUUUGUGGAGUUUCCCAGAAAGCUGAUAGUGAGGCACUGUGACUGUGGCCUGGCUAAGUGGUGGGGCCAGCAGGAGUUUGCUAUUCCUCAGAACGUCCUUGAGAUCGUCUACGGUCAGACAAUCUGCUGGAUCGGCACCUUCUACAGCCCGCUGUUGCCUGCCAUCUGCACUAUUAAAUACUUCUUUAUCUUUUAUAUUAAAAAGGUCUCCUUGAUGAACAACUGUCGUCCAGCCACACGUCCUUUCCGAGCGUCCAGCUCCAACUUCUUCUUCCUGGGUGUGCUGCUGAUAGGCCUGGCUCUAGCCUGUCUGCCCGUCACUGUUAGUGUAGCACAAAUAAGCUGUUCUCAGGCCUGUGGACCAUUUGUUAAUUACAACACCUCCUGGGAGGUGCUACCAUCUACAGUAUCACAGCUACCCUAUGGGGUCCAAACACUCAUCUACGCCCUCUCAUCAGAGGCCUUCGCUGUCUCCUUCUUUGUUGUUACAUGUUUGGCCAUGUUUUAUGUUAUUGCACUAGCCGGUGCUCACAAGAGGGUUAUUAAGCAACUAAGGGAGCAGUUAGCCAUGGAGGGCCGUGACAAGCGUUUCCUGAUCCAAAGGCUGUGCCAGGCCCAGAAGCUCUCAGCGAUCAAAUCCCCAGUGUCCAAAUCCCAGCCCAGAAGCAGCAGCAGAAGCAGUCAAAGCAGCUUGAGCUACCACACCAGCUUUUCCACCAAUUUCAAUGAAAGUGUGUUCCUGGAACGCCCGCCUCCCAACUCCUCCACACAUGUUUAAGGCGAGAGAUUGAAAUUACAGAUACAACACUGGACAGAUGGACUGCAGUUGAAUGAACACAUACUUUUUUUUUAAAUUGUGAAAACACUAGAAUUGGGAGCUUCUAUGGGUCUGCUUUCAUUAAUGUGUAUUGUCCCUCAGUGUUCUUUUGUUGACUAUCUGAUUAUUAUAAAACAUGUUCUUAAAGUAUUCUUAAACCGAAACACUCACUGCUGGUCAUAUUUGUGAUGUGUUUCCCUGCUGUCAUCUUUUCCUUCUGACAAGGACUGGGAAAAACUGUAAUCACUUUUCUGAUUUUUGUGCACUUUAAAAGUAUUAACAUGAACAUUUUCUUACUUUUAUAACUUUUGUGUUUAAGGAACAGUGUUUUCAUUGUGCUUCUUGUGUGUUUUUAUAUCUAACAUUUGUAAUUAUUAAGUAUGCUGUGGUUACAUAAUAAUACAAAAACAAUAAUAGAUUUCAAAAUAAUAAACUGUAACUGUGUUCUGUGUACACACAUGAUAUAGAAAUAAUAACCCAAACCUGUGAAAAAUAACUCACUCUAUCCUGUAAAAUAUUUUGAACUUUACAAGUUGAUGUUUUAUUGAAUUGAAUUGCACCCACAAAUUGUGUAAUGACUGAUGCUCUAUAUCAAAACAGGUUUUCUGAAUCUUGGAACAGUGCUAAAAUUCCUUAUUCUACAAGAGAAAUUCAGUGGCAUUAAGUUAUUUGCAUAAAUCUUAAGUGUGGUAUAUUUAUAUAAUAAGUGGUCGAACUUUUGGAUGGUCGGUAUGUUUGUACUAUAAAAAAGUAUUUGUCAGA